GUCCUGCCCCCUUCCCUGCCUCCCAGUAUCCAGCGGCGGCUGCGUCUCGGGAGGCGAUGGAGGGCUCCCAGCCGGUGGCCGCACGGCAGGGAGAAGAGGCGUCCUGCUCCUCCUGGGGGGCCGGCAGUGUGAAUACAAAUUUGCCCAAUAUGCCAACAGAAUCUGUGGAGAUUGAUGAUGCAUUAUACAGUCGACAGAGGUACGUUCUUGGAGACACAGCAAUGCAGAAGAUGGCCAAGUCCCAUGUUUUCUUAAGUGGUAUGGGUGGUCUUGGUUUGGAAAUUGCAAAGAAUCUUGUUCUUGCAGGGAUUAAGGCACUUACAAUUCAUGAUACAGAAGAAUGCCAAGCAUGGGAUCUAGGAACCAACUUCUUUCUCUGUGAAGAUGAUGUUGUUAGUAUGAGAAACAGGGCUGAAGCUGUACUUCAACAUAUUGCAGAAUUAAAUCCAUAUGUUCAUGUCACAUCAUCUUCUAUUCCUUUAAAUGAAACUACCGAUCUUUCCUUCUUAGAUAAAUACCAGUGUGUAGUAUUGACUGAGAUCAAACUAUCAUUGCAGAAGAAGAUCAAUGACUUUUGCCGUUCUCAGUGCCCUCCAAUAAAGUUCAUCAGUGCAGAUAUACAUGGAAUUUGGUCACGGUUGUUUUGUGAUUUCGGUGAUGAAUUUGAAGUUUUAGAUACAACAGGAGAAGAACCAAAAGAGAUUUUCAUUUCAAAUAUAACGCAAGCUAAUCCUGGCAUUGUCACUUGCCUUGAAAAUCGUCCUCACAAACUUGAAACAGGACAAUUCCUAACAUUUCGAGAAAUUAAUGGAAUGACAGGCUUAAAUGGAUGUACACAACAAAUAACUGUGGUAUCACCAUUUUCUUUUAGCAUUGGUGAUACUAGAGAACUGGAACCUUAUUUACAUGGAGGGAUAGCUGUUCAAGUUAAGACUCCUAAAACAUUCUGCUUUGAACCAUUAGAGAAGCAGAUAAAACAUCCAAAGUGCCUUAUUGCGGAUUUUAGCAAACCUGAGGCACCUUUAGAGAUUCACUCAGCCAUGCUUGCCUUGGACCAGUUUCAGGAGAACUAUAGUCGCAAGCCAAAUAUUGGAUGCCAGCAAGAUUCAGAAGAGCUACUGAAACUAGCAACAUCUAUAAGUGAAACCUUGGAAGAGCAGCCUGAAGUAAAUUAUGACAUUGUGCGUUGGCUCUCUUGGACUGCCCAAGGCUUUUUACCCCCACUUGCUGCAGCAGUAGGAGGUGUUGCCAGCCAAGAAGUAUUGAAAGCUGUGACAGGAAAGUUUUCUCCUUUGUGCCAGUGGUUAUAUAUUGAAGCAGCAGAUAUUGUCGAAUCCCUAGGCAAACCUGAACGUGAAGAAUUUCUCCCACGAGGAGAUAGAUAUGAUGCCUUACGAGCCUGCAUUGGAGACACUUUGUGUCGGAAGCUACAAAAUUUGAAUAUCUUUUUAGUAGGAUGUGGAGCCAUAGGCUGUGAAAUGUUAAAAAAUUUUGCUUUGCUAGGUGUUGGCACAGGCAAAGAGAAGGGAAUGGUUACAGUAACAGAUCCUGACUUGAUAGAAAAAUCCAACUUGAAUAGACAGUUCCUAUUUCGUCCUCAUCACAUACAGAAACCUAAAAGCUAUACUGCUGCUGAUGCAACCCUGAAAAUAAAUCCUCAAUUAAAGAUAGAUGCACACUUGAACAAAGUAUGUCCAGCCACUGAGGUGAUUUACAAUGAUGAGUUCUAUACUAAGCAGGAUAUAAUUAUUACAGCAUUAGAUAAUGUGGAAGCCAGGAGAUAUGUAGACAGCCGUUGCUUAGCAAAUCUACGGCCCCUCUUAGAUUCUGGAACAAUGGGCACUAAGGGACACACUGAAGUUAUUGUACCUCAUUUAACUGAAUCCUAUAAUAGUCAUCGGGAUCCCCCAGAAGAGGAAAUACCAUUUUGUACCCUAAAAUCCUUUCCAGCUGCUAUUGAACACACUAUACAAUGGGCAAGAGAUAAGUUUGAAAGUUCCUUUUCCUACAAGCCUUCGUUGUUUAACAAAUUUUGGCAAACCUAUCCAUCUGCAGAAGUAGUCUUAAAGAAGAUACAAACUGGACACAGUUUAGAAGGCUGUUUUCAAGUUAUUAAGUUACUUAGCAAAAGACCUAGAAAUUGGUCCCACUGUGUAGAAUUAGCAAGAUUAAAGUUUGAAAAAUAUUUUAACCAUAAGGCUCUUCAGCUUCUUCACUGUUUCCCUCUGGACACACGAUUAAAAGAUGGCAGUUUGUUUUGGCAGUCACCAAAAAGGCCCCCCUCUCCAUUAAAAUUUGAUCUAAAUGAACCUUUGCACUUCAGUUUCCUUCUGAAUGCUGCAAAAUUAUAUGCUACAGUCUAUUGCAUUCCAUUUACAGAAGAGGACUUAUCAGCAGAUACCCUAUUGAAUAUUCUUUCCGAAGUAAAGAUUCAGGAAUUCAAACCUUCCAACAAGGUUGUUCAAACAGAUGAAACUGCAAGGAAACCAGACCAUGUUCCUGUUAGCAGUGAAGAUGAGAGGAACGCUGUUUUCCAACUGGAAAAGGCUAUUUCAUCUAGUGAAGCUACCGCAAGUGACCUUCAGAUGGCAGCGCUUUCAUUUGAAAAAGAUGAUGAUCGUAAUGGACACAUAGAUUUCAUCACAGCUGCAUCAAAUCUUCGUGCCAAAAUGUAUAACAUUGAACCAGCUGACCGUUUGAAAACAAAACGCAUAGCAGGUAGAAUUAUACCUGCUAUAGCAACAUCCACUGCUGCAGUUUCUGGCUUGGUUGCAUUGGAGAUGAUCAAAGUAGCUGGUGACUAUCCAUUUGAAGCUUACAAAAAUUGUUUCUUUAACUUAGCCAUUCCAAUUAUAGUGUUUACAGAGACAUCUGAAGUAAGAAAAACUGAAAUCAGAAAUGGAAUAUCAUUUACAAUUUGGGACAGAUGGAUUAUACAUGGAAAAGAAGAGUUCACCCUCUUGGAUUUCAUAAAUGCAGUCAAAGAGAAGUACGGAAUUGAGCCAACAAUGGUGGUACAGGGAGUCAAAAUGCUUUAUGUUCCUGUAAUGCCUGGUCAUGCAAAAAGAUUGAAGUUAACAAUGCAUAAACUUGUGAAACCUUCUACUGAAAAGAAAUAUGUGGAUCUUACUGUGUCAUUUGCUCCAGAUACUGAUGGAGAUGAAGAUUUACCUGGACCUCCAGUAAGAUACUACUUUAGUCAUGACACUGAUUAACAGAAGUUGUCUUAAAUUUAGGACUACUUGAUUUUGGAAAGAAUGCACUUAUUCAGGAGCUUAAAAAGUCAGCUCAUAACGCUAUGGAUUUCUCUUUGAUGAAGCCUUAAUUUAAGGGAAACAUCAGUAAAAAACUACAGUGAAGAAUUGUAAAGCAUUUUGAAGCAUAGUAUACACAUGUGUAGUGCCUCAUAUGUGGAUGUGCCCACAAGCAACUUCAAACUGGAAUGCUGUUUACAAUGCUUACCAAAAAAUUGUGUAUUAACCUCUUUGGAUGAAAAGAAGGAAAAAAAUAUGUAUCUAAGACCAGAAGAAAUAAAAGAUCAAGAAAUUGAAAAUAACAAAUGCAACUAUCCAAAAAGUUUAAUCCCAUUUUAUGAAAUUCUUUUUGUUUAGUAUUUGAGGCCCAUUUUUCUAUACAAACAGUGUUUGGCUCCCUGCACCUCUCAUGAUGAGGCUUUGAAUUUAACACCAAUGGAGGAGGGAUGGUAGCAGUGGAUGAAGAGUAGUUACUCUUAAAACUUUAAAAGUUACAGUUUACUGACAUGUUACCUCUGCUGAUUUAACCAGAGUUUGUUAUAUCACUGUCUCCCCCAAAUCAGGAUCUUUUCUGAUAGCACCAGUGUUGUAAGUCAUGAGCACAUCAGAUGACAGGUGUUAACUGGGACUAAAUGUUAACAAUAGCAUAUGGACUCUGACAACCUGCUUAGAGAAUCCAUGAAUGUGAACAGAUAAAUAUGGCUAGUCAUUUGAUUCUUUAGUAUGCCUUCUAGUGUGGCUAUUUUAUUUAUUUGGAACUCUAAACCUGAUUGUCAUAGUAUAUAAGACUAAAAGGUUUUGUAAAGGGAGUGUCCUUAGAAGUAGAUGAAAAGUAGAAAUUAAAAAAUUAUCACUAGUUGAGUCUUGAUUUUUUUUCUUCCAACAGCCUAAUGGACAGAAAAAAUAAUAAUAAAUUAAUAUUUUAUUUUAAAGGGAAAUGUAUUAUUUAAUUCUACAUUCCCAGAAAGGGAGUUGACAAAGAUAAAAAUUUAUUUUUUUAGGUCUUUACUGAUAGAAACUUUCUGUUUUCUGAUAUGAGCUAUUGCAUAUGUUCAUAGAAAUGCUUUCAUUAAAAUAACAUAAAGUGUACUCAACACUGUAAACUCAGUGAAAACAGCAAGUGUUUCUUUUAUUUCCAAGGCUGUCAUGCAUUCUAAAGCAAUUGGCAUUUUAUAACCACAGAAAGUCAUUUCCCUCUAGCUGCUUUUCUUCUGCUCUUCUGUUCAAACCAUUAAUAGGUACUUUGAUAAAUUAAAAACUAGAUUCACAUCAGUAUUACUCCAGUUUGGUAUCUUUUUAUAUUCUCUACCUAACUUUCCUUUUAUUUCACUUACAAAUAGUUUAAAUUACUUAGCCAACCAGCUGUAUUGUUCCAUUCUUUUGUAAAAGUAUCAUCCAAUUGGGAAAAUAUAUUUAGGAGUGGAGGGUGAAUUUGUAUGAUUAAAGGGUAGUCUGCGUUGGAGGUGAGGAUAAGUGGACGGGAUAAGUUUAAAGGAAAUUGGCUACCUUUGAAAUAAGCAAUUAAUUUUGGUUCGUCAUAUCCUACCCUCUCCUAUCAUGUAUAUUGCAAAUAUAAUGCUUAAAAUUAAUAUUACUUAAAAUUGAAUCCAGGAAUAUCAAAGUUCUAUGGUUUGGAACUUUAGAGGCCAGCAGCAGUAAAAGCACUUUCCUAUAAGAAGUCUGUUCCCACUUUUUUGUUUUGUGCUCUAUGACAAUAACUGAUAUUUUCCAGGUAGCCAUUCAGUAAUUCUCAACUAUGAUCUAGUAGCUUGCUUAUAUUUGACCUAAAUCUCCACAUCUCUUCAGAAGUAAAUUUAGAACAAAACCGUGCUAUCAAUUCUUAUUUAUAGAGAUCAGCGCUUUAGCAGAUAUAAAUAAAAUCAGUAAGGAUUAAGUUCAUUUUGUGAUUAAAUCUGAAACCAUUUUGUCAUUGCUUUUUUUUCUGUAACGGUUAUUGCCAUUAGUUUCUUCUGUAUAGUUCUAGUAGGCUGGAAAAGCCAGCGUGAAUUUAAUGACAGUUCUUUUUCAUUAUCUGUUUUAUUUCUGUACCAUGAGAUCAGUGCUGGUGAUUGAAAUACCAGGUACAAAAAUUAAUGAUUUGAUUUUGUAUGGUACCACUGAGUGAUUUUUUACUUAUUAAAAAUAAAUUAAGAAAUUUGACGAUAUCUUUGUAAAUUCUGUUCCGUAGUUGACUCCAGAGAUUCCAAUUUUAUUAUUCAUUUUGUGAGUAGUGUUGCUUUGGUGUUUCCUAGUUUUCAAGUUUUGCAAUCAUGGAGAUAGAACACUCACUGGAUAUGGAGAGACAUUACUUCAGAGUGCUUUUAGCUCCUGGAAAUUCUUUUAAAACAAUUGAGAAAUUGUAAAACCUAGAAGAUCUGGUAAAUCCCAGACUGUUGGUUGGGGAUUUCCGAAGUCCAUUCCUUUUUAGAGUUCACAGCAGUAUGUUACACAUCUAUAAGUUCCUCUAAAUUGUCGCAAAGAACUUGGAUGUAGAUGUGUAUCUUUAUUUUUAUUUUUUAUGUAUCAUGGCACUCCCUGGUGGUGCCAGUGACAAGACAUAAAAACGUCAGCAGUGUUUGGAGUCCACUAUUUUAUAAUUAGUAAAAUGAAGACAGAAAGAAAAUUGUUCUCUUGAGAUCUUGAGGGAAAUAUUCUCUUUACCUAAUAAUCCUUUCAACUGCAAUGAAUAUUAUCAAAAAUUCAUUGUGAUUGUAAAUAUAUAACCAUUUAGUAUACAAUCAUUAGGUAUGGGCUUAACUAUUUUACUUUUAACAAAUUCAAAACAUAAAUCAGGAAGUUGCAAUCUUGGGGGUCACAGGAAGUAAUCAGUAGGUAAUUUGUUCAUUUUUGUCUUGCCUUGUCUUAGCUUU